AUGGCUGCCGUUGUUACCACAAACUGCCCCGAUCUCGAGCUGAUCGCACGCGGAAAGGUUCGCGAUCUCUACAGGGUCGACGCCAACUCGCUCCUCUUUGUCGCCACAGACAGGAUCAGUGCCUUCGAUGUCAUUAUGAAGAAUGGCAUCACCAACAAAGGGAAACUCCUCACAGAGAUCAGUAUCUUCUGGUUUUCGUUCCUCAAGGAUGUCUUGCCCAACCAUUUGAUCACCGCCAACUUUGAGGAGAUGCCCGACAAGGUCAAGCAGUACCGUGAUCAGCUCGAGGGCCGAUCCAUGCUUGUCAAGAGUCUGCGUGUGCUCCCAAUUGAGUCGAUCGUCAGAGGAUAUAUCACUGGUUCUGCAUGGUCAGAAUACAAGAAGAAGGGAACAGUCUGUGACAUCAAGCUCCCCGUCGGCUUGCAGGAGAGCGAAGAGUUCGAGAAGCCAUUGUGGACUCCCAGUACCAAGGCCGAGAUUGGUGACCAUGACGAAAAUAUCCACCCAGACAAGGUCCCAGCAAUCAUUGGCGAGAAGCAUGCUGCUGAGAUGGCUAAGAUCUCGAUUGAGCUGUAUACCAAGGCCCGCGAUUACGCAAAGGACCACGGCAUUAUCAUUGCCGACACUAAAUUCGAAUUUGGUGUCGAUGAGAAUGACAAUCUCUACUUGAUCGAUGAGGUUUUGACCCCAGACUCGUCGCGCUUCUGGCCCGCAGAUAAGUACAAGGUCGGCGGUAGUCAGGAUAGCUUUGAUAAGCAGUACCUUCGCAACUACCUUGAGUCCAUUGGUUUCGACAAGAGCACCGGAAUCACUCUUCCUCAGGAUGUUGUCGAUAAGACGAUGUCAAAGUACCAAGAGGCAUACAAGCUGCUCACCGGAAAGGAUGCCCAGCUCUGA